GGGUGUAUAUAAGAGCUCCUGUCUCCACAGCUCUCCAGAACCUGCAGACAAUCGGCUGCAAUAUUCCCUCCAGCAGGAGUCCAGCUCACCACCAGAAACCAUGUUGGCUGUUUUUCUUCUCUGUGCUGCCUUUGCUCUGAGCGCUGCAGCAGAGCCCAAAGUGGAGACCAGUGCAGAGCAGAACUCCCCGUCGGAUGAAGUCGCCUCUCAAGCCCUGGAGAGGAAGGCAGAGGAGCUUCCAGCUGAGGAGACAGAGUGGCUGGAGGCAGGAGGGAGCAUGUCAGCUGACGAUGUGAAGAAAGGUGUCAAGAGGAGUUGUUACUCAGGCUGGGCACCAUUUGGAUCUCGAUGCUUCCGCUUCUUUAAUUAUCCACGCACCUGGGCACAGGCAGAGAGAUAUUGUCUGCGCUUUGGUGCCAACCUUGUCUCCAUCCACAGUUCAUUUGAGAACCUUUUUGUCAAGGUGCUCAUAAGGACAGGAACAGGUCAACAUACUCGAACAUGGAUCGGUGCCACUGACAGCCGUCAGAACCGCCGGUGGUUUUGGACCGACAAGUCCAGGUUUAACUAUUCAGCCUGGAACCGUGGAGAGCCCAACAACCUGUACGGCUGGGGCAGAGAAGCAUGUGUCGAGAUCAACUACGGAGAGGGGAAAGGCUGGAAUGACUUGAGAUGUUGGCUCAAGCGUCCGUUUGUGUGCUCCAAAUGAGAUGAGCCACUGAACUCACACAGCCAGAGGAGCCAGGAAUGAGGAUAAAGAGCAAUACAUGAUGAUUUAUUUUUCAAAUCCACGUUAAAAUUCCUAUACCUGUCCACUACAGAUCUGUAUUUUGCUCAUACUCCUAUAAAGAUUCUUUUGGUUUUUGAUCUGUAGCUCCUCACACAGGACCUGUGUAGACGUCUGUGGGGGCUGAGCCGUUGUUUUCACUGCACUCUAAAGUCAAGUUGUUUUAUCUGAAAAGAUAUUGAUAUAAAACAUGAUUACAGCACUUUAUUUAUAGGAGUUUACUGUAAUCAGCUGAAUAUCUUGGGUAGGUGAUACAAAAGUGUGGAGUCUAAAAUUUGAGGGAAAAACAAUGACGUAACAACAUCUAUUUUCUGACAAAAGUGUGUUUUUGCAGCUUAUAUUUCAUUUUUGUUGGUUGAAACUUUGGAGCAUAUUCUGCUUCAAAGUGUCAAAAUGUUAGGAAGGGGCGUAGCAUUAUCCUUAUCAAGGCAAUUAAACAAACAAACAAACAAAUAAAAAAGAGGAUUUCUUCUUAAGUAACUCUGCUCUUUGCAACAAACUCGAUCUAAGAACAAUGCAAACAGAUUUUUUUUUAAUAAUCAGAGUUCAGUUAAUUUUCUAUAUCGUGCCAAAAUAUGACAGAGAAACCUCAUGAAACCAAAUCACAGAUGAAACUAUAGCCUUGAAUCCAGAUUAGAUUAGGGGAUCUUUGAGCAAUAUUACAUGUAUUUUGUUGCAGUGAAAUGACCUCUGGCAGUGUGGCUCAUCACUGCUGAUGUACAGUUUAUACAGUAGCCGGCCUGUUAUUUCCUGGUUGGAGCUUUCUAUUCUAUUCUAUUUAUCUCUAUUUUUUUGUAUUUUGUUGCUUCAUAUUCUUUCCCGUUUUUCCCCUCAUGCAAAGCUCAUUGUAUUGCAUUUUAAUGUAUGAAAUGUGCCAUAUAA